UACGUGCCCGUACCGUCCAGCACCCAAAGACUGCCAUCAUCUGUGGAUCUGGACUGGGAGGUCUGGCCGAUGUGUUGGUUAACAAGACAGUCUUUCUGUAUGAGGACAUCCCUCAUUUCCCACGGAGCACAGUUGCAGGGCACGUUGGCCGGUUGGUGUUUGGGGAGCUGAACGGACACCCCUGCGUGUGUAUGCAGGGACGUUUCCACCAUUACGAAGGAUACUCCAUCAGCACAAUCACCUUUCCCAUCAGGGUCUUCUUUCUCCUGGAGGUGGAGAACUUGAUUGUCACAAAUGCUGCUGGGGGACUGAAUCCCCACUUCCAACCCGGGGACAUCAUGUUCAUAAGAGAUCACAUCAGCAUGUUUGGCUUAGGAGGGCAGAAUCCGCUGCAUGGACCAAACGAUGAGAGGUUUGGAGUGAGGUUUCCUUCCAUGUCAGAUGCUUACGAACAAGAUCUGAUCGGCCUGGCGAUGGAGAGCGCGCAGGAGCUGGGCUUUCUGAGCUUCAUCCGAGAAGGAGUGUACUGUCUGGUGGCCGGUCCCUGCUAUGAAACCGUCGCUGAAUGCCGUGCGCUGCAGGCGCUGGGAGCGGAUGCUGUAGGCAUGAGCACUGUCCCAGAAGUAAUUGUAGCCAGGCAUUGUGGCCUCCGCGUCCUUGGGAUCUCCCUCAUCACCAACAAAGCGGUGAUGAGCUACAACAGUCAAGAGAAAGCCAACCAUGAGGAAGUGCUGCGCAUCUCGGUGGUCCGGGCUGAAGCCCUGCAGAAGUUGGUCACGCAUCUCCUUGGCAAGCUGGGGGAAAGCACAAACUCUGCAUGACCUCCAGCCCUUUAUCAUUCAUAUUGUAGCCUGUGAACGCUAGCAAGUGCUGGGGGAGAGCUGUUGGUGAGACCGUCCCCUUCUGCUGUCCUGAUUUUUGAAUAGACCUUUUGAUCUUUGUCCCUGUGCUCUAGCUGGUCAGGUGCAGAGGUUUGCUUUCAACGUUGCCAGAAUGAUCCUGUUAGCAGCCAGUGACCAAAACACCCUUCUGGCACUUAAACAGGGUCUGACCUCAGGCAUGUUCCCAAACCCGUAUAUCAGCAAUGAGCCCCUCAGUACCGCGAGUUCCAGCUCCCCCUCGUUCCGCUGCAGAGCGUUUGGUGUUUCUUGCCUGCGGUGCUGCAGCACCCUCCUGCCUUGCAUCUCUGCUCCCUCAUUGCACUGAGCCCCCAGGUUGAGAGCUGGUCACAGGGCUUGGUGCCUGCUGGGAUGCUUUGGAAGGAUCUGAUCUGAAGCUGGUGGAAGUCCAUAAAAAGACUCUGCGUUUUGGAUGAGGACCUGGGUAUGUAAAGCAGGUUAGGCUAAGGAUGAGAUCUGUCUGGAAUGAGCAAUGCUGCAGAGCAGGCAGAUUGCAGCUGACUUUACAGCUUUGAAAAACCACUGUGUCCCCAUGCACGGGGUUGUGUUCCCUUACCACCCCUGAAAGUCUCACCAGAAAGCUUUCUCUUUGCUUGCUUCUUGGGUCUUCAUGACCAGCUUCAGAGCUCAGUAGUUGUUUGCUACAAUGCAGCAUGUUGCCAACACCCCCCCCCACCUCUCCACUCUGUUUCCAGCCUUGAAUCGCUAUUGCCCUGUUUUACAGGGGUGAAAGUGAAGCUCAGGUACAAGGCAUGUCCAUGCAUGGUGUGAAAGUGGCCAAGCUGGAGACAGGAUCCAGGUCCAGCUCUGCUUUGUUCAUUCUGUUUCUGGAUGUCUUGGAGAUCAGCAGCUUGAACCCCUUGCACUGGACACUGGUGUCACUUUGGUGUCCCAAGACAGAAAUCGGUCUGACCCAGCAUAUCACCCCAGCUCUGCUCUGCUGCAGUCCCUGCUGCAGAUGUUGGAGCACCAAUGGUUUGUGGAGUUUAUUGAUGUGAAAUUACAGUGGAAAUUAUUUUGGAAUAGGUAUGAUGUUUAUCUGGCUGUCCUGGUCUACUUACAUGAAGAAACUGAGCCCAGCAGUAAAGGAGUAAAGGACUAAGAGGAGGCCACCAUGCUCCCUUUUACCGGUGUGCCGAUGAUCUGUCAAGGCAGGGUGACUGCUCACCAGAAUGAUGCAUUAUUCAUUGUCCCCCAAAGGUCAAGCUGAGCUAUGGAUGCAGCUGGAUGUGAAGCAGUGACUGUAAUUAUUAGGUAACCUUUUCCCCUUCAUUUAUCUUGGAGUUCUCUGUAAAGCCCAUAACUGUCCUAGCUAAAUGUUUGCGGUGGACACUGGUCUGAACUGAAGACACCCAACUGCUCAUGGAGAGCUCCCAGUCUACCUUCCUAAAUUUAGCUGAUGAAUUGUUUACUGUUGGUGCUUGCCCUGCUGCAGCCUUCAGCCUUUUGUGAUGUUUCUUCAGCUCCAGGUGCAAAAGGACAUUGGCCUGGUGAGUUGUUUAUUUCUGGAUGGGUAUUUGCUUGAAGCCCUUCAUGCUGCAGUUCCUGGUGUCACUGCUGCAUUAAUGGUGCAGAUGUUGCUGCUGGGAGGAACAGAGUUGUGCUGUGUCCUCCAUGAAAAGGUAGCACUGCAGGCGUAGGAGAGAUCUUGGGGUGGACUCCCCAUCCCCUUCUCUUCUCCUGUGGUCAGCCCUGACAAACAUCUGCCCAGUCUCGAGGACUUCUGGAGGGGGAGGAUUUGUUGCCUGUGCUCUGCUUGAAUGAGUUGCUCAUUCAGCAGCUCCUGGCACUUGGAGGAGCCCCCUGAGACAGCAGCUCUUUCCUUUUGGUGGGUCUGACUGUCAUGAUGAUCACAGGAACGAGCUCUGGUGGUAAAAUGCAAAGGGAAAGAGACUCCAGCUUCUCCUUCCACAAGGCUGUUGCCUUUUUGGUCUAGCAGGAGUGAAGUGCUCAUCAACAGUGGCAGCAAGAGCAGGGAAAUACAAAAAGCAGCAGAUGUGCAGAGCAAGAAGGACCCACUUCUACCUGCUCCCUUUUCAGACUUGUCCCAGUAUGAGCUUGUUACAGGGCAGAGAGGGAGCAGAUCAUUUCCCCUGCCUAGAAAAUGGUGCUUCACAUUCAUCUAAUUAAUACUUGGUAAAUACAAAGUCUCCUGAGUGAGUGGAAGACAGCUGUGCAGCUAGCUGUAGCUAGAGAGCAGCUGGGGUAGCUAAGGCUGGGAUUUCAGCAGACUCUGUUAAUUAAUCAGAGUCAGGCUGGACUGUGAGGUGAAGGGAAGCAUCCAAAAAACCUGCUGCUGUGCUGGUACUUCUUGAGCCAGGCUUGAGAUGAGGAGGAGGAGGAGGAACUUGGCAGUGGCACCUGCUUUUGGUAGGCUGGCUCUGCUCCUCUCACCCCAGGCACAGUGUGACACCUGUACUGAUGUGAAAUGUGUAUCUGAACACAACUUCAAUACAACUUGAAAUUUCAGCUGAAAAUCACCAUGCAGCUAAAUCUUUGGCAAAUUAUGUCUUUUUAAAGAAAUGGCAUUUGAGUCCUCUAACAACACUUGGGGGUUCUUCUUUCUGCUGUCCAGGGUUGACUCGGGUGGCUCAAACUCUGCUUGAGCAUCCCAGGUUUUGUCCCUGUAAAUGAUGAGAGAAAGGGAAAAUUGCCUUGGGCAUGUUAGGAGGGAUGGUGCUUGUGUUUUAGGAGAGAGGGGGAAU